CCUGACAGUUCUUAUUACAAAAUUGGGGGUACCCGACAGCAAUUUUUUGGAAGUUGGGUAUACUAUUUUUGUACAAAUAACUUAAUUCAAAAAAAUUAGGAAGUUCAGUCUUUUGCUUUAGCUUUCUCUUAUCCUCGUUUGAAUCCUUCCAUCAAUGGCUCUGCUUCGUCCGCAGAUCCCAACGUCCCCUGCAACCGGAGUCUACUCGAAUUAUCCCUACAGCAUCUGGACCUUUAAACACAAUAUAGCGAAGGGUAGUGGUGGGCGAGGUGCAGGAAGAUGCUGCAACGCCAUUUCGAUUGAUGCACCCGCGGCCGUUUCCGGCAUCAGAUGGGGGUCGGCGCUGCUACAGGGCGCCCGUGGGGAGAUGGAGGACGAUGCCAUGAUUGUUCAGUCAGAUGAUCUUGGCGGGUUCUCUUACGCCGCGGUUUUUGAUGGCCAUGCUGGGUUUUCUUCUGUCAGAUUCCUCAGGGAUGAGCUGUAUAAAGAAUGUGUUAGAGCAUUACAAGGCGGACUUCUGUUGAAUGGAAAGGACCUAAAUGCAGUAAGAAAAGCUCUACAAGAGGCUUUUGAAAGUGCUGAUGAAAAACUUAUGAAUUGGCUUGAGACAAGCGGGGAAGAAAUUGAAUCUGGAUCAACAGCUACAGUCAUAUUUGUUAGCAAUGAUGCACUAUUCAUUUCACACAUUGGUGAUUCUUGUGUAGUUUUCUCACGGUCUGGGAAAGCAGAAAUGUUGACCAGUUCUCACCGGCCGUAUGGAAGCAACAAAACUUCUCUUGAAGAAAUUAGACGAAUUAGGGAAGCUGGCGGAUGGAUUGUAAAUGGACGAAUAUGCGGGGACAUCUCUGUAUCCCGUGCUUUCGGGGAUAUGCGAUUUAAGAACAAGAAGAAAGAGAUGCUGGAGAAGGGUGUUGUGGAAGGCAGGUGGUCUCAGAAGUUUGCUUCUCGAGUAAAGUUUCACAGUCACUUGCUAACGGCUUUACCAGAUGUUUCUCAAAUUACUCUUGGAUCAGAUGCCGAAUUCGUACUUUUAGCAUCUGAUGGAUUGUGGGAUUACAUUAACAGCUUUGAAGCAGUUAACUUCGUUAGGAAACAACUUCGGGAACACGGAGAUGUUCAGAGAGCAUGUGAAGCCCUUGCCAGGAAUGCCCUGGAUCUCCGAUCACAAGAUAACAUCAGCAUAAUUAUUGCUGAUUUGGGGUAUGUACAUGCUUCUUGGAUGAUUCUCUGCUGCCACUAAAUCAGUUAUUGUUUCUUAACCAAACUGAAUACCCAGCAAAGACAAUGUUUUUGUCAAAUUCCAUGUUGGCAUUACUAUACACUAGUUUAUGCAUGUACUGUAUGACUAUGAGCUGUUGAAAAUUGCGUCUCAUUUUCGCAUUGCCAAAUUUCAUAUUGUGAGGAAAAUUGUUAGUUUGAAACCCAUUAUGAUUGGUCAAUUCGGAGCUCCUACCACAACUCUGCGAACAGCAGCACACCACACUGACCACUGACUAAGUUACUCUUUAAAAUUUCUUUUCUGGUUUUUGGAAUUGAUCUGUUAACAGGCGCACGAAUUGGCAAAGCAAGCUUGUGCAGCAGCAAAAUGUUCUCAUUGAGCUGGUCCAAGCUUUAGGUACGAUAGGAAUCGUAUCAGUUGGAAUAUGGAUGUCAACACAACUCUCCUUUUGAGCUUGUAGUUUGCUUAAAUUUGUAUACAAAAAUCAGUUCAGCUGAAUGAAACAAAGAUAUAAUCAAAUGGUAGUAUAUUUUACCUUCUAACGUCCUACUUCUUCAUAUGUGAUGAUUGCUGUCUGGAAUUUGACAAAUGAAAGUAGAGCUUUUGU